GUUGUCAGCCACCAGGCUGAGAAUCCUGCAACGACAAUCAACAGGCGGCAUAAACAGACCAGCCAUGGUACUAGGCAUUCUACUCACUGUCAUUAUUUGUAAAUAAACUUCGACAGGCAGUGUUGACCACCGACAGUAGCGUGUGACACAGACCAGGCAGCUGUAACUGUGGCCCCCACAGUUGUCUGGUCCCUUUGCUCACUGUAAUUGUGAGUUUUCUGCGUCAGAAGAGACUUCUACGAAGUGACAAAGUCGUGUUGCGGAUAAUUUAUUUUUUCUCGUUUGUUUACAUCUGUAUGUGACAGAAAAUCAUGGCUGAAGCUGCAGCUCAACAGGUAGAUGAUAUCGACCCCGAUUUUGAGCCCUUGACCCGGCCGAGGUCCUGUACCUGGCCCCUUCCCCGGCCCGAAUUCAUCCAUCCAGUUGUCAACUCCAACACUUCGUCGCCGGCUCCGGCCGUGAAGCCGGAUGGCAGCGGGAACAACAUUGACUUCAUCAAUAGUCUCAGCCUGUUGGAGGAGAGCGAGGACUACGAACAACACCACGAACUCGGGAUCUGCUGUGGCGAUUAUCCAUGCCAAGAGGCUAACUGUAUCCACCAACAGCAGCACUCAAGCCCGGGCAUCCCGUCACAUCAACAGGUGCUGUCACCGGCGUUACCUUCCGCCGCCUCCCCCGGCAGCGCUUCGUCCCCCUCAGGGGUAGCAUCCUCUUCAGUGUCGGCGCAGAGGAAGAGCAGCUCGUCCCGGAGGAAUGCCUGGGGCAACCUGUCCUAUGCGGACCUCAUUACUAAGGCCAUUGAAAGCUCGGUUGAGAAGAGACUCACCCUUUCACAGAUCUAUGACUGGAUGGUCAAAAAUGUGCCCUACUUCAAGGAUAAAGGGGACAGUAACAGUUCUGCCGGUUGGAAGAAUUCAAUUCGCCAUAACUUGUCACUUCACAGCAAGUUUAUAAGAGUUCAAAAUGAAGGAACAGGGAAGAGUUCCUGGUGGAUGCUCAAUCCAGAAGGUGGAAAGAGUGGGAAAUCUCCAAGGAGAAGAGCAGCAUCCAUGGACAACAACAGUAAAUUUGCAAAGAGCAGAGGCCGAGCAGCUAAAAAAAAGGCAGCCCUUCAAGGUGGUCCAGAUGCUAAUGGUGACAGCCCAAAUUCACAAUUUUCAAAGUGGCCUGGCAGUCCUAACUCUCACAGUAAUGAUGACUUUGAGACCUGGAACAGUUUCAGACCACGAACAAGUUCUAAUGCUAGUUCAGUAGGUGUACGACUUUCCCCAAUUAUGCCAGAACAGGAGGAUCUUGGAGAUGGAGAUGUUCACUCUCUUGUGUAUACCCCGCAACCUAGCAAAAUGACAUCAUUGCCAAGUCUGUCAGAAAUGAGCAGUUCAGAAAAUAUGGAAAAUCUGUUGGAUAAUCUUAACUUACUUUCACCUAGUUCCUCAAUGACAGUAUCAACACAGUCUUCACCUGCUUCUAUGAUGCAGCAAAACCCUGGAUAUUCAUUUGCAACCCAGAAUACAAGCAUGGGAUCACAACCAUCAGAUUAUAGGAAAUUUAGCUACAAUCAAACAAACAUUAACUCUGUCCCUCAGAUGCCUUUACAACCUCUCCAGGAAUCUAAAUCUGGUUAUGGUUCUUUGAACCAGUUUAACUGUCCAACAGGACUCCUGAAGGAACUGUUAACUUCGGACUCACCACCUCAACCUGACAUUUUAUCACAAGUGGACACUGUGGUUUCCCAGCCUGGCAAGAGAAUGCCAAGCCAAAACGUGAUGAUAACAAGUAGCUCUGUGAUGCCUCAAUAUCCUGUUCAACCUCCGCACAAUAAAAUGAUAAACCCUGCAACCCACCCUCAUCAAGCACAUAGCCAGCAAGCACAGUCUGUCAGUAGUCGUGCCUUAAUGCACAACAUGAGUACCAUGUUACACAGUUCACAUCCGAGUCGUUUAUCUUCAGUGAAGAUCCCUUUACAAGUGCCUGUUUCCCAGACCAUGGGAAUGAAUACCACAAGUCCUUUCCCUGGUAUCAACAGUAAUGGGCAUGGAAGAGUGGGGUUUGUUGCUAUGCACCAAGAAAAACUACCAAGUGACUUGGAUGGUAUGUUAAUAGAACACCUGGAAUGUGAUAUGGAAUCCAUUAUUCGAAAUGAUCUCAUGGAUGGAGAUUCUUUAGAUUUUAACUUUGACCCUGUUCUACCUAGCCAGAGUUUUCAACAUGGUGUAAAAACAACUCACAGUUGGGUGUCAGGUUAAAAAUUAUUAGCAGGUUUCAAGUAUAAAAGAACAUCAUACUGGACCUCUAGCAGGAACUGAAAAGUACAGUCCAAAGACUUUCCUCAUCCUCAUUUAGUUCACUUGAUUAAAAAAGUGCUCCGAAUUGCCUUCUUCAAACCUGGCAACAGAAAUCAUUUUCCUGCACAGGAUGUUUGCCCAGUGUUUGUAGGUUAUGUGCUGCUUUAGAUAAGGCCUUUGCCAUUGGAAACUUCAUUGCUAUUGAGUGCCAAAACUCACUACAUCAUACUAUACAAUAGCAGAGGUUAUCUAUUCAACUUGCUUUGUAUUUUCUGGAUAUACAUGUGAGCUGCCUACACUUUGCAUGCAGCUGACACGUUUGCAUGCUGAAUAUGAAUCUUUUGUACAGCAAAUAUAACAAUCUCCUGUCUCAUGUAAACAUUUUGUCUUGCAUAUUACUGUGCAGAUGAAUGUAGAUUGAUGUGAGCUUGUUUUGUAGUUUUACAGCUUUUUGUAACUUGUUUCUAUUUAAUUGCAGUCCAUCCAGUUAAAACAAUGUCAUAAAAAGAUAGAAAGUAUUUUAUGAACUUGUUACUUGAAAAACAUAACAGGUACGGCUUUAUAAGCCAUCUACCUGUUUUAACAAUUACUUAAUCUCAGUUUUUUAUUUAUCUUUUCACUUGAAAAAGGAAAUAUUGUAACACUUAAGCUACCAGACUUAAAUCAUCUACUUUCUGCAGUUUCAGAUUAACUUCACAUCGAGGGACUUGUUUUCUGAGGCUGCAGACCGUUACUGAUUAAAAAAAAAUGUUUGCCUUGAGUAAAAACAGUGUACUACCAUGCAUUUGUCAGUUUACAGAAUCACAGAAUUCAGGGGCAUGAUAAAUUUUGUUUCAUUUUGUAUUUUUAACUGGAUGAAAUUCAUAUUUUAUACAUAUUCUUAUUGGUUUGUACACAGUAAUAUGAUAAUCAGUAAUGUUUGCUUGUUUAUUUUGUAAAUAAUCAUAAAGGAAAAAAAAAUGAGUAAGUCUGAAAUUGCCCUGGAUAAUUACUGGUCUGGUUUUACUUAGUGGGAUCCUGAUGUGUAUAAAUAAAGGCAUUUUGCAUUUCAUUUGUUAAAUAAAUAUUUAAUAAUCUAAUUUCAUACAGGAAUCUUUAGAAAUGUGUAAUUCUGCUUUUCAAGUACAUGACCUGCCAGAAAGUGUUAAGUAACUUUUAUAGAUGCUUGUAUAAUGCUUAAUGUUUGGAAUUUGUUGUUGAUAUGUUAUUAUCAUGUUUAAUUGUCUGGAGGAAAUGGUAUUUUUAGAGAAAAAGGCUGUAAUCAUAUCAAAAAAGCUGUCUGUCAUAGUAGUUUUAAAAAUGUAUCAAGCAACUGUCAUUUUGUAUAAAUAUCCUUUCAGUUGCCCCAUUGCUCUUUUAUAUGGACUGCAUACCUCUUCGGGUCACUGAACAGUUAAGAAUGAACGUGCAUAAAAUGUAUAUUUUUAGAAAUUGUUCUGUAAUGAAAGUUACAUGCAUUUAAUUUGAAGAAUUUGUUGGUUUUACAGCAUUUAUUGAAGUUUCAUUAUGUAGUGAACUGUUGACAUUAACUUUCAUAUUUUUGAAAUUCAUAUGGCACUUACCUUGUGUGUGUGUGUGUGUGUGUGUGUGUGUGUGUUACAUAGAGAAAAUAGUAUUUUCUUAUUAUUCAGACUGUGCUGUAGGAGGCACAUUGUAAAGAAAGUUUGGCAUUACAUUUUACAUUUUCAGUUCCUCCUAUUUUUACAAAGUACAUAACUUCAAUAUCAAUUGCUCUGAAGCUUUUUAUUCUAUAGAUACCAAAGGCUACAUAUGAUACAUUUUCAUGACUACUGCCCAUUAUAUGCAGAAGACAUUUAUGACUGUGUUAAAUGCAGUGUGAAUGUACAAUCUGUUCUUGCCUAUGAUUGAUAUUUUAAAUUAAUUGUGCCUAGUUUUUGACUGUUAAAAGCAGGGAAGUUUAGUCACAUACAGAGUAAGAAAUCAAUAUUCCAGGAAAUGCUUAUUCCAGCAUUGUGGUAGAGAUAUUCCUUCCCUACAGGCAGCAGUUUACCUUCACUGCUUCAUAUGCAUGUUGUAUAUUAUUAAAGCGCCAUAAAAGUUCUUAUUGUCAAGGCUUUUUUAACUGGAAAAAUCCAGUAACAUUUCAGGAUACUGAGUGCCUAAGCUUGAGCAAAAUCAAGAGGAUUUUUGUAGAAUGCACCAUCUUAUACAAGACUAAUAUAACAGAACUUGCACAUUUUUCUACUGUUGCUUUCAUUAUAGCUACUAAUCCAUUUUCUUUUAUGCUGUUUAUGCAGUUACCAGUAUGCUUUAUUUAAUUCUGUGUUAGCUGCCUUAUUUAUAGGUAAACUAACAAAUAGCAGUACAGUCAUCUCAAUGAACAGAGCUGCAACUUAAUUUCUGAUAUAUUUCCUGGAAUUUCAGCUGAUGAAAAUAGAUGCAUUUGUUUAAUCAUUGAAAAUGUAAUGAUUAUUUAUAGAUGUUCACUUUGGUCUUUCAGUAUUUGGUGUUAGUUAACUAGGUUAUGGACACUAUAUACCAGAGCCUAUUAUCAUGGGUAAAUUGGGAGCUUUGGUCUAAGUAAGUCAUGCAGUCACAUAGUGUGCAGUUAUUUAUUUGAAAACAAUUCCCUUUACUGAUAAAUUUUAUCUUCGGCAACAGUUAUAUUUCAUUCAUUCAUUCUGUAUUUCUCCCACUUAAUUGUCAUCUCCUAAUGAUAUUACUUCUUUUUCUUUCCCCAGCUUUCACCUCUCUGUCAUGCUGUGUCUGCAUAAGAUGUUGUAGACAAGCAGCUCCAUCCUAUGCAUUGCAUGUGUAUGUUCAUAGUAAUGAGAAUUGCCACUUUCAUUGAGGAAAGAUGAUGUAACCCCUAUUAUAUGAAGCUCUGCCAUGUAUCACUGCAGUAUUUAUAGAAAGACUUUAUGUCCUUUGUCCAUAAUCCUAUUUACAUUUUAAAUGCUUGCUGAGUAUUCCAUUUGUUAUAUACACUUAGCCUUCCUAAGCGACCUAGAGUCAGCUGCAUCAUAGGUUCUCAGACCCAGGAUCUUAGUGUAAGUCUGAGAAAUGUAUUUGUGAUCCUCACAGUGGAGUGACUUUAAUAGUGAAAUGGUAGAAUAUAUGCAACUUUGGGAUUUUAAAAUCGUACAGUUAGCAGUGGUGUGGGGUUCCAGCAGGAGGUUCAAGGAGGCUUGCAUAUCUUCAGAAAUACUUGAAAACCAUAACACUGAGUUUCAUAAUUCAUUACUUCACUUUUUUUGCUGAACUUUCAGUUUAUUUAUUUAUUUAUUUGUUUUUUUUUUUGUUUUGUUUUUGUUUUUUUGCAUUUUCAAGGCUUGCACAAUUUGCUGUCACAUAUUUUAUGGGAGCCCUCAUACUCAGCCACAGAGAACCUCACUCAAACUACAGCAAAGUCCUUAAGUCUUUCCUAGAUAUAUAUAAAAAGAAAAACUUUGGGCCUCUCCAUAAGACUGCUGUGCUGCACAGAAGCAGACCAAUCCAAGAUUCAUACACAGACUUACUUUAAGUAAUAUGUGGUUUAGUGCAUUUGUUUUUUUGUUGAUUUGCAAUCAGAUCUAUGUAUUCAUUGACCAUUCAUCUGCAUUCAGGCUGAUUCCAUAUGAAAACAAGAUUGAGAGGUAAAAGUUCAAGUGCACAACAGUUUCAGGCUUGCUUGUGCCACAGCUGAAAAAAUUGCUAAGCUUUUCCAGGGUAGCUGGCUUUAUUAUUUGACAACCGCUGAUCUAUAUGAUUCCACGUCAUUGUAGACUGACACUGUCCCUCCCUGGAGCAAGAGGAUUCUCUGCAAUGCUAUGUGGUUAAUAAUUGUCCACAACUCUAGCCAGUCCUGAUAGUCUAGUUGUGCCUGUAAACCCAUGCGCAUACACUGAAGUCAUGCACUGCCACAUUUUCAUUUUUUAUUUUCAUCUAGCAGAUUUGUGACAGAACUUUAUAGCUACAGUGUAUCACUUUGUAGUUUGAAGAGUUGAGAGAUUAUAUAUUUUUACUAAGCAGACGCAUCUAGAAUCAUCCCACUCAGGCUGCUGCUUGGCUGAACUUACAUUAGUGAUGUACACCAAGAUAGUUUUAAUUUUAUCAAUCCAGUUCUGUAAUUAACACACAAUGAAGCCCUCAACCCAAUUUUCAAGUGUACAGCCUCUCUUUUUCUUAAUAUUGUUGAAGUUGUUUCUUCGUACAAGUUUAGAUGUUUCUUUGACAAAACAAUUGUAGAUGUUUUAUUUAGAGUUUUUGAUGUGGCAGAUGUAGGAUUUUUGUUUCAUCUUUUGUUAAAAGUCAAAAUACUUGCUUUGUGAAAUGUGUAAAGACCUUGCUAAAGAAGUUGUAGUUUGAUUGUUAUUAUUAUUGUUAUUAUUUUGGAUUGUACUGUUAAAAGUAUAGUGUAUUAUAGAGCUAUUCAUAUAUUUUAAAUGUGCAAGAAAGAUGUAUUGUUUCAGGUAUAGCCUUAUAAAAUAUGAAGUUUUUUUAGAUAGUAGAUGCUCGCUUUGAGAAGGCUUCUAUAUUUUAGUAAACUGACACUGGGUUCCUUUUAAACAAAGCAUUUAUAUAAUACAGAAAAACUGAAAUGUUUUAUUGAACCUUGACUAUCUAAGAGACUAUCCGCAAUGAGAGGAGAAAAGCUCAAAUUGGACCAAUUUUAAAGUUAUUAUGAAUUGCACUUUUUAAACCACUGGAACUAUCUUUUUUCUUUAAUCAGUGUUUUUACUUAUUUCAAAAGUUACAUAAUUGUGAAACUGUUACUUUUCUUAAAUUAUGAUUUAUUUUGUUAUAAUUCAGUUCCUUUAUUACAUUUUCAGUUAGAUAUUAAAUGUGCAAUCUGAUUAAUAUAAAACAUUUAAAAAUAUACUGGCAUUAAAAUAAUCUCCUUUUUAUAGAUGUUCCAUUGACCAACAGUAUCGUAACAGUUAGCUUGUAAAUGCAGCAUGUUGUAGUCAGUUAGUUAAACAGACUGGGAUUUCUUCAGUCCACUGAACAGUAAUGCUUAUCAGAGCUUAAUUUGGGGAUGUUUUUCAGAUAAGUGCCUGAUGUAGUUCAAUACAUGAGAACAAUGUUGCUGUAAUUGCAUUAAGCCAUAAAUGUAUAUAAACUGUAUAAAAUUCA